UUAUUAUAUGAUAUUUUAACUAACCAAGCACAUCCGUGAUCCUUUAUCGAACUCCGCGCAAACAAAUUCCAAAAUCAAAGCCCUACAUUUGCCGGCAUAAGUAAAUUAAAGAAAUAGGGUCUAGUAGUUAGAAACCUCCGGCCGCCGAUGUAGACUGUCGUGGACGAAGCCCACCCCUCCAAAUUGGUUGACAAAAAUAAAGAAUCAGUAGCUGUCGCGUUUGUAAAAUUAAUGACGGAUAUGCUCUCUUGCCGCUCAAGAAGCAGACCAAGCAUUGAAACCAAACACACUCCUCGAAAAAAAACCCCCCAAAAAAAUAGCAAAAAACUCUGAAUAUGAACGACCCUCAAUCCUACCCGCCGGUCUUCCGCCGCCGCCGACAAACCAGCAACGGAACCAUCCACGUCGACGAGGGUGGCGGUGGCGGUGGGAAGCCCGAAGAAGCAGUAACCACCCAACACAAAUCACCUCCCCUCGAGGCGGCGGUGCCGGUAAUAGAUCUGGAGCGGCCGGACGUGGGGAAGCUCCGGGAAGCGGGCCGGGAGUGGGGGUUUUUCCGGUUGGUGAACCAUGGUGUCCCCGAACCGCUUCUGGAGCAGCUCAAGACUCACGCCGCCGAUUUCUUCGCCCAGCCCUUCGACUCCAAACAGGCUCUGUUCUCCUCCGGCGGCGAUGGAACGGCGUCCUACUUCUGGGGCACGCCCAUUCUGAACUCGUCCGGUCGGACCCUGGAUAAGUCGGCCCAGGAGAUCAAUUGGGUUGAGGCCAUUAAUCUCCCUCUCUCUUCCUCUCAACUUCCUGCAACUUGUCAUCAUCCAUCGCUUCAAUCCUUCAGAACGCUGGUGGAAGAGUACGGGAAACACAUGGGCCGAAUCUCGAGGACGGUGGCGGACGCAAUGGGAAAGCUUGCGAGUUUGGAGUGCGGCGACUACGUGUCCGAACCCACCGGCAUCAUCCGAGUUUACCGCUACCCGCAGGUUCCACCUCAGCAGCCGGCCGACGGUGACGGCAACAAUAACAAUGUUGUCGCCGAGCAGGAGACGUCACCGGCGCCGUUGGGGAUGCAAGCCCACACGGACAGUUCAGUGGUGUCGAUAGUGCUGCAGGACGACCAAGUGAGCGGCCUCCAAUUCCUGAAGAACGAUGUCUGGGUGCCCCUCGAACCGGUCCCCAACACCCUCGUCGUCAAUAUCGGUGACAUGAUGCAGGCGAUUAGCGACGAUGAAUUUAGGAGCGUGAAGCAUAGGGUGAAGGUGAAGAAGUGCAAGGAAGACAGAAUAUCAAUAUGCUACUUCGUGUUCCCUGGAGAAGGCCAGAUAAUGGAGAGCUCCAAGUACAAGCCCUUUACUUACAGAGAGUUCCAGCAACAAGUGCAGGAGGACAUCAAGACGCUGGGAUUUAAGGUUGGGCUGGAGAGGUUCAAACGUACGAUUGCCGGUUGAUCCACCGGCUACGAAGCUAGCAGCUAGUUUAAUUAACUAGCUCUGGUCUGGUGCACUUUAUAUAUACAACUCGAUCUUUAAUUAAUACGCUUUUUAAUACGUACGGGACAUCUUUUUAUCGUGGUAAUAAUAACUAAUAAGGCAAGGUUUUUCCA